AACAUCCAGAGAAACUUUAAUUCCAAGCUCUGUUUCAAUGGAGACACUAAAGAAGAAUCCGUCCAUCAGAAGAAAAAACAGGAUAGCGAGAACAUUCCAGAAGGUAUGCAGCUUGAGAUCGACGUCGACGAAGGUCUCUUCCAACAACGGAAUCGGAAUCUGUAUGUUGAAGUCACAGAAUCCAAACUUCGACGACGAGGAUGAUGAUGGAGAUUCCGUCUUCGAUCUGAAGAGUACUUCGAGCAGUAGCAGGAGUGGAGAGACCAAGGUUCGAGAGCGUCGGAGAGCCGUCUUAGAAGCGGUGGUUGCGAAGAUCUUCGCCAGCACGACCUCCAUUAAAGCCGCGUACGCGGAGCUUCAGAUGGCGCAGCGUCCGUACGACAACGACGCCAUUCAAGCGGCGGAUACGGCGGUGGUCGAGGAGCUUAGAGCGUUAUCGGAGCUGAAACGGAAUUUUCUGAGGAAGGAGCUGAAUCUGUCUCCUCAAGUGGCGAUUAUGCUCGCUGAGAUCCAGGAGCAACAGAGUUUGAUGAGAACAUACGAAAUCACAAUCAAAAAGCUCGAAUCGGAAGUUACUGAGAAGCAAUCGAGAAUCGAUUCGUUGAAGACGAAUCUCGAGGAAAACUCGGCGUUCAACAAAUCGCUGGAAAAGAAACUCACGGCGAGUGGAUCGAUCUCUCCGUUCGAUAGCAUCCAGUUUUCGAAUUUGAAUUUAAGCCACUUCGUUCAGAUUCUAGGUUUUACGUUGAGAUCCGUACGGAGCUUCGUCAAAUCGGUGGUGAAGGAAAUGGAAUCGGCGAGCUGGGAUCUCGACGCCGCCGCUUCCGCCGCCGUAUCGAUAAACGUACGAAACGCCUCCACCGUCUUCGCAAGGCCGAGCCACCGUUGCUUCGCGUUCGAGUGCUUCGUGUGCGGGAAAAUGCUGGAGAAUUUCGAAUCUCCCAAUUUCUCGUUACCUAACAUCGACGAGAAACCGAGCCGUGAGCAAUUCGAAAACCUAAGAUCCGUCGACCCGGUCCAGUACUUGACCCGAAACCCGGGUUCAUCCUUCGCGAGGUUCACGCUCCAAAAGUACCUGAGCGUUGUACACGCGAAGAUGGAGUGUUCCUUCUUCGGGAACUUGAACCAGAGGAAGCUGGUUAACUCGGGCGGGUUUCCGGAUUCGGGUUUCUUCGCAACGUUCUACGAGAUGUCUAAACGGAUCUGGCUUCUACACUGCUUGGCGUUUUCUAUCAGCGAAAACGUCACGGUGUUUCAGCUCAAAAGAGGUUGUAGAUUCUCUCAAGUGUACAUGGAGAGCGUGAAAACAGGCGACGAGUCACUCUUCCCCGGCGAUAAUGCAGAUAUCCGGGUCGGGUUCACGGUUGUUCCCGGGUUUAAGAUCGGCGAUUUCGUGAUACAGAGCCAGGUUUACUUGACUCCGGUGCCUGGUUCUCACCCGCCGGUUAACUCAUGAGAAUCACAUCAAUAGCCAACGAAAACAAAUUCAAAAGAAAAUUUCACGCGCCGGCGAAGAAAAAGAGCGGUGGCGCGUGUAAAAGGAAUGGGUGGGUCAUGAUUGGCCUUGGUGGCAGCAGGACUGGCAUGUGGGACCUGUUUAGAAUGUGACGGAGACAGAAAAUGGCGCGAAGGGACAAUCAUCAUCAAAAUAGUUUAGUGAAAGAAAACGAUAAAUGAUAAAAAAUUUAUUACAAAGUUUUAGAUGAUAAAAUACAGCAAAGUAGGAUGGCAUGGAAGAUGAAUAGUAUUCUAUGUUUUUUUUUGUUUUUUACAUUUUGUUAUAUAACUGAUACUUUUAUAAUGUCUGGAGUUGGUCGGACAAUGCUUGUAAAUAUUUUUAU